AUGGUGCAACGCAAUCUUAACUUCAAAGAAGCGUUGCUCUUGUAUGAUAGGUCGGGCGGCGUUACCGAGCGGGUACCCCUGGGUCCUCUGUUCCCUACCCGUCUCUCGGUGAAUUCUUCCCUAACAGAGCUGUUUUUAGGUUCUCAGCUGGGUCAAAACGGGAUGGCCACGUGGAAAGAGUACUUUGUUAUUUUUAUCCCAAAACCUGGAAGAAGAGAAGCGUACCGUCCCAUUUCCUUGGCCAGCAAUAUCCUAAAGUUGCUGGAAAAGAUAAUGUGUAGAAGAAUGGAAUGGUGGGUUAAAAACAACAGUCUCAUAUCACCUUUCCAGUUGGCUUUCAGUUUGGCUUCCAUGGCGAACAAUAACCGCCAGGUCACAGGCGUCGUCUUUCUGGACGUGGAAGGCGCCUUUGAUAACGUGGUUCCUCUCACCCUUCUUUCUAUGCUUUCCAUCUUAGGAUUUCUCAGUAAAUUUGUUAGCUUCGUCUCAUCUGUCAUUUCGUUCCGCCGCUUGAAGGGUUACGCGUCAGGAAUCCCUCUCCAACAACAAUCAACGGUCAGAGGACUGCCCUAG